UGACAACUAUCGAUCAAUUGAUGAUGACGAUAUGAGAUCUUGAUCAAGUUCCAGGAUCUUUUUACCUCCUUCCGAGUUACUAAUCAAAGUCUUGAUGGAUGUUAAUGUGAUAUUAUCGUUUAAAAUUUGACUUCUAAUUGCUCUCCUGGUUGAACCGGUAAUCCUUGACGCUGCCAUUUUUCGCUUUCAACUGUCCUGAAGUAUCUCAAGGGUUCUUCUGCUUUUUCUGACUGUAAAGCACGUGUGGAAGUCCUCUUUCCUGGUGAAGUUAGUCUAUUGCUUGUAAUUUCCACUGUGACAAAGGAGAAGAAUGGCUGACCCUGGCCGCAAACACAAUUACCUGGUGACACAUUAUACAGGCCAUGAUGUGCUCCAGAAAUAUCAAAUUUCGGUAUAUCAGCUGCUUGAAAUGGCUGUUGACCACAUUAAGAGAAAUAUGGGGAAAUAUUCAGAAGAAUUUUCGGCGAUAAUGGGAUCAUGUAACUUGCCAGAGCCUACGAGUACAACCAAUUACAAAGUGUGGCGCCGUUGGAGUUGGCUAUUGAGCAUGCCUCCGCAUCAGGCACUGGAUCACUUUUUCAUGACAUUGGAGGAAAAAGAUCCAGAUUGGGCUCAUAAGCACAGGCAUGAGAGGGAACAAAUAGUUUUGGAUCGGCACCUGAGCAUGGAAGAUCUUUGCCUGGGAUGCAGUGAACAUCUUCCAAAAAUGAACUUUUAUCUGAAGGCCUUGGUUUACAAAUUGCAAAAGUUGGGUUAGAUGCUCAGAAUUUAAGUGUGUCAGAAUGAUUUGCACCUCAUCUUUGUCUGGUAUGAUAAAUGUCUUCUGUAUGUUUUCUUAUUUGAGUCAAUUCUCUUUUCUAAUGCUUCUUAUCUCGUUUUAUUUUUAACAAUGCCAAUAAAUGAGGUUCUAGUCUAUACUUUUCCAGUAAAUGGUAGACAAUAAUGGUCAGCCUUACCUUUUUUUUAAAAUUUUUGAAUUUGAUUUUUUGGCGCUUCUUAUAUUAUACCACUGGUUAUGGGACCAGUUGUUUGAAAAUCACAUAUCCUAUCUCAAGAAUGUGCAUUACUCUCUUCUUCUAGCCUCUCUCAUGAUGAAAGAAAGAGGAUUAUUGGAUGGGGGAGUCUUGGAAUUAUUAGUACACUAUGAUAUGGUAUUCCUUCUUUCACUUCUGUCCUUCUCUAUUACGCUUCUUUUGUUUUUAAUUAAUCUGCCCUUAAUUUGAUUCAGCAAAGCGGGAAAUUGAAGUCAGGCACUGAUAGAGGAGGUCCUGAUAAAAAGACUAUUCCUGUUGAAAUUAGAAAUUCAUCAAGUACUAAGAAUUUAGGAUUGCUAGAAGGCUUUGCUACAGCUUCUUUGUCUGACCAAUGGUUUGCACCUCCAGUAUCUGGUCCUAGUCCGAGAGGCCGAUAUAAGGUGUUAUUAAUUAUUGGUCAUUGUUCAUUACAGUGUACAUGGUACGUUGCUUCUAUAUGCUGAAGGAAGUUAUGUUGCAUUUACAGCAUGGGGUUGCUGUUAUUGAUGAGAAAAUGUACAUAAAUGGUGGAGUUCAUAAUGGACGUCAUCUAGAUGGUCUCCAGAUAUGAGAAAUAUGCAUUAUUUAUAUGGUUCUCACUGGAAAUGGAAAUGGAUCUUGAGGAGCUCUUUUUUACGGUGUUUUGUUUAUUGUCGUGAGCUCUAAAUGGUAAUGAGU